AUGGCUAGUGAGGCACCAAGCUGGGCAGAUCAAUGGGGUGCAGGUGGGAUCGGCGCCAUUGAAGAAGAAAAUGUUGAUAUAAAGAAGGACAACGAUACCAACAAGAAAGGCUCAACAACAUUUGGUAGAGCUAAUUCAGUAGCGAAAGAAGGAGCCAAAAAACUGAAGAGUGGAACAACGAAUGGGAUCAAAUGGAUCAAGAACAAAUGCCAAAAGAAAAAUUCAUCAAACUCAAAAGAAUAA